ACGAUGCUGAGCGCCGUUAAAAUGGAGGGUCACGACCACUCAGACUGGAGCAGCUACUACGCAGAGCCCGAGUGUUUCACCACAGCGGCCAACAUGAACUCCGGUCUGGGCAUGAACUCCAUGAGCUGCUACAUGAGCGCGCCUGGUAUGACCAGUACGGGCCACAUGACCGCGCCCUACGUGAACCCGGGUGGGGUCAACCACUCCAUGUCUGCCGGGAUGUCGCCGAGCCCCGGGGCCAUGCACGGCGGAAUGGGAGCCGGGGUGGGAGCUGGGAUGGCGGGCAUGGGCGCCGCGCUGCCCCCGAGCAUGAGCUCCAUCAGCCCGCCGCCGCCGGCCGUGAACGCCAUGGCGCCGUACGGCAACAUGGCCGUGAUGAGCCCGGUGUACGGACAGGGCAACAUCCGGUCCCGGGACCCCAAGACGUACCGGCGGAGCUACACUCACGCCAAGCCGCCAUACUCCUACAUCUCCCUCAUCACCAUGGCAAUACAGCAGUCGACAAGCAAGAUGCUGACCUUAAACGAGAUCUACCAGUGGAUCAUGGACCUGUUCCCGUUUUACCGGCAGAACCAGCAGCGGUGGCAGAACUCCAUCCGCCACUCGCUCUCCUUCAACGACUGCUUCCUCAAGGUGCCCCGGUCCCCGGACAAACCGGGGAAAGGCUCCUUCUGGACGCUGCACCCGGACUCGGGGAAUAUGUUUGAGAACGGCUGCUACCUGCGGCGCCAGAAGCGGUUCAAGUGCGACAAGAGACCCGGCGGUAGGGAGGCGCACCAGUCGGCGGGGAAGCCGGGGUCAGAGGCCUCGGACGCGGACUCUCCGCAUUCCUCCAGCGCUUCCUCCGGGAAAGACGAGAAGAGGCCCGGGGCGGAGCCGGGGAAACCUGCCCGGGCCCCGGCCCCGGCCCCGAGCCCACCGCGCGUCCCCUCUCCUCUGGCGCAGACCCAGCACCUGUUCUCCCACCACCACCCGCUGCUGCUGCAUGAGGCCGCCCACUUUAAACCAGACCACCACCACCACCACCACCACUACUCCUUCAACCACCCGUUCUCCAUCAACAACCUGAUGUCCGAGCAGCAGCACCAUAAAAUGGACCAGGUGGUGCAGUACGGAGGCUACGGCGGCCCGGUGUCCGGUGCGCUGUCUCUGGGGUCGAUGACAGCUAAAACCGGCCUGGAUCCCACUCACGCCGACACCAACUACUACCACGGUGUCUACUCCCGGCCGCUUAUGAACUCCUCUUGA